AUGAUUAGAGAUGAUAAUCUUUGUUCAUUUCGGUUCGAUCUCCAAGAAGUCCGCAACGACAAAAAUGAUGAAAAGGAUUUGAUGGAUCCAUCUAUGAAGCAAAUAAGUAUACCUAAUAAUCAAGACAAGGUGUAUAAAGUCUACCACUGCGAUGGCUUAUUGUUAUGCGUCACGAGACUCACGACUGACGAAGACUACAAGGACAGGUUCUUGGUAUGGAAUCCGUAUUUGGGGCAAACCAGAUGGAUCCGACUCAGAAACGAAAUCCAUAUUUGUGACGCUUAUGCUCUCGGAUACGGAUACGACGACAACAACAACCGUAACCACAAAAUCUUGAUGUUUUUUUCUGACAGCCAUAACAAGAAUGCAAGUGCUGAAGUGUACGAUUUUAUCUCUGAUUCGUGGAGGGUUAUUGAUGUCAAUGUCGACAUGGGUGAACUGCGUGACUUGCGGAAUUUUGAUUGUGGUGUGUCUUUGAAGGAAAAUGCAUACCUUUUAGCUAUAAAAGAUACAACAACGGAAACAGGAGAAUAUUGUGGGGAAGAUUAUUUGGUUUGUUUUGAUUUCACUACAGAGAGAUUCGGACCGAGUCUGCCUCUCCCAUUUCAGCCCUACAGUAGUUAUUGGCUCGAAUCUGAGAUUAUAUAUUGGGUUAGAGAUGAGAAGCUCGCUGUGUUCAAUAUCCUCCACGAAAAAUUCCCUGGAGAAGAGGUCUGCGUGUACGAGUGGCCCGACGUAAAUGAGAUUUGGAUAUCGACUAAGAUUGACACCGAUGCGAUAUCAUGGAGCCUUUUCUUGAGGCUCGAUUUGAGUUAUUUUGAUGAUUUCGGCCUUCGUGGGUUUUUCAUUGACGAGGAGAAGAAAGUCGCUGUGUUUCUUGGUCUAUAUAGAUUAGACGAGACCGAGACCGAGACCAUUGGCUACCGAAUGGCUAAAAUAGUUGGAGAAGAUGGAUACUUGAGAUCUUUCAAGAUGGAAGAAGUUUCGAAUGAUAGGUGGGAGUCGUGGGACAAGUUUGUGUGCUCUUCUUAUGUUCCAAGUUUAGUGCAACUGCAAAUCAACCAACCGGACGAAAGGAAUGAAAUAAACAAUUCAGACGAAACGAAAGAGCAAACCAACCAACCUGACGAAAGCAAACAGCAGAUCAACCAACGGGACGAAAGCAAAGAAAAAAUCAACCAACGGGUUAAAAGGAAAGAAAGAGAGGAUCAUCACUCUGUUCCAUUUCCAAUACUUUUCUUGUUCCUUGCACUAUUUAUCUCUUCCUUUGGUUUCUUUUAUUCUCUUUUCGGUGCAUCUCUUAAUUAA